AUCUAUCCACACUCAUGGAAAUGUAACUGCAUCUGACGCUGAUGAUAAAACCAAGGACCAUCAGGCAAGAUUGUGCAGUAGGAAACAGCGGUUCCAAAUGAAGGCACUCACAUUUAGAACUUCUACUUAUUCUAAGGUGUGAAGUUUUUCAACAUGAGUGGCCUCGGGGACAGUUCAUCUGACCCUGCUAACCCAGAUUCACAUAAGAGAAAAGGAUCGCCAUGUGACACACUGGCAUCAAGCACUGAAAAGAGGCGCAGGGAACAAGAAAAUAAGUACUUGGAAGAGCUGGCUGAGUUACUGUCUGCCAACAUUAGCGACAUUGACAGCUUGAGUGUAAAACCAGACAAAUGCAAGAUUUUGAAGAAAACGGUCGAUCAGAUACAGCUAAUGAAGAGAAUGGAACAAGAAAAAUCAACAACUGAUGAUGAUGUGCAGAAAUCAGACAUAUCAUCAAGUAGUCAAGGAGUAAUAGAAAAGGAAUCCUUGGGCCCUCUUCUUUUGGAGGCAUUGGAUGGAUUUUUCUUUGUUGUGAACUGUGAAGGGAGAAUUGUUUUUGUGUCAGAGAAUGUGACCAGCUACUUGGGUUACAAUCAGGAGGAAUUAAUGAAUACCAGCGUCUAUAGCAUACUGCAUGUGGGGGAUCAUGCAGAAUUUGUGAAGAAUCUGCUACCAAAAUCACUAGUAAAUGGAGUUCCUUGGCCUCAAGAGGCAACACGACGAAAUAGCCAUACCUUUAACUGCAGGAUGCUCAUUCACCCUCCAGACGAGCCAGGUACCGAGAGUCAGGAAGCUUGCCAGCGGUAUGAAGUAAUGCAGUGUUUCACGGUGUCGCAGCCAAAAUCGAUUCAGGAGGAUGGGGAAGAUUUCCAGUCAUGUUUAAUCUGUAUUGCACGGCGAUUACCUCGGCCCCCAGCUAUUACGGGUGUAGAAUCCUUUAUGACCAAGCAAGAUACUACAGGUAAAAUCAUCUCUAUUGAUACUAGUUCCCUGAGAGCUGCUGGCAGAACUGGCUGGGAAGAUUUAGUGAGGAAGUGCAUUUAUGCUUUCUUCCAACCUCAGGGCAGAGAGCCAUCUUAUGCCAGACAACUGUUCCAAGAAGUGAUGACUCGUGGCACUGCCUCCAGCCCAUCCUAUAGAUUCAUAUUGAAUGAUGGGACAAUGCUUAGCGCCCACACCAAGUGUAAACUUUGCUACCCUCAAAGUCCAGACAUGCAACCUUUCAUCAUGGGAAUUCAUAUCAUCGACAGGGAACACAGUGGGCUUUCUCCUCAAGAUGACACUAAUUCUGGAAUGUCAAUUCCCCGAGUAAACCCCUCAGUCAAUCCUAGUAUCUCUCCAGCUCAUGGUGUGGCCCGUUCAUCCACAUUGCCACCAUCCAACAGCAACAUGGUGUCCACCAGAGUAACCCGCCAACAGAGCUCAGACCUUCAUGGCAGCAAUCAUAGCAAUUCUAGCAACAGCCAAGGGAGUUUUGGAUGCUCACCUGGAAAUCAGAUUGUAGCCAAUGUUGCCUUAAAUCAGGGACAGGCCGGUUCCCAGAGCAGUAAUCCCCCAUUAAACCUCAAUAAUUCGCCUAUGGAAGGUACAGGAAUAUCCCUAGCACAGUUCAUGUCUCCAAGGAGACAGGUUACUUCUGGAUUGGCAACAAGGCCCAGGAUGCCAAACAAUUCAUUUCCUCCUAAUAUUCCGACAUUAAGCUCGCCUGUUGGCAUGACAGGUAGCUCCUGUAGUAAUAGUAACCGACCUUACUCCAACAUCCCAGUGACAUCUUUACAGGGUAUGAAUGAAGGGCCCAAUAACUCCGUUGGCUUCUCUGCCAGUUCUCCAGCCCUCAGGCAGGUGAGCUCACAAAAUUCACCUAGCAGAUUAAAUAUACAGCCAGCAAAAGCUGAGUCCAAAGAUAACAAAGAGAUUGCAUCCAUUUUAAAUGAAAUGAUUCAGUCUGACAACAGCUCUAGUGAUGGCAAACCUCUGGAUUCAGGGCUUCUGCAUAACAAUGACAGACUCUCAGAUGGAGACAGUAAAUACUCUCAAACCAGUCACAAACUAGUGCAGCUUUUGACCACAACUGCGGAACAGCAGUUACGGCAUGCUGAUAUAGACACAAGUUGCAAAGAUGUACUGUCUUGCACAGGGACUUCCAGCUCGGCCUCGGCCAACUCUUCAGGAGGGUCUUGCCCCUCCUCCCAUAGCUCAUUGACAGAGCGGCACAAAAUUUUGCACCGGCUCUUACAAGAGGGUAGCCCGUCAGAUAUCACCACUUUAUCUGUGGAGCCCGAUAAAAAGGACAGUGCAUCUACUUCUGUGUCAGUGGCUGGACCAGGACAGGGAAACUCCAGUAUCAAACUAGAGCUGGAUGCUUCAAAGAAGAAAGAAUCAAAAGACCAUCAACUCCUACGCUACCUUUUAGAUAAAGAUGAGAAAGAUUUAAGAUCAACUCCAAAUCUGAGCCUGGAUGAUGUAAAGGUGAAAGUAGAAAAAAAAGAACAGAUGGAUCCUUGUAACACAAACCCCACCCCAAUGACCAAAUCUGCUCCUGAGGAAAUUAAACUGGAGUCCCAGAGCCAGUUUACAGCUGACCUUGACCAGUUUGAUCAGUUGCUGCCUACGCUGGAGAAGGCAGCACAAUUGCCAGGCUUAUGUGAGACAGACCGGAUGGAUGGAGCUGUCACCAACGUAACCAUCAAGUCAGAGAUCCUGCCAGCUUCACUUCAGUCCACCACUGCCAGACCCACCUCCAGGCUGAACAGAUUACCUGAACUGGAAUUAGAAGCAAUUGAUAACCAAUUUGGACAGCCAGGAACGGGUGAUCAGAUUCCAUGGGCGAAUAACUCAGUGACUGCUGUAAAUCAGAAUAAACCAGAAGACCCGUGUAUCAGUUCACAGUUAGACGAGCUUCUCUGUCCACCAACGACAGUAGAAGGAAGAAAUGAUGAGAAAGCUCUCCUCGAGCAGCUGGUGUCCUUCCUCAGUGGCAAAGAUGAAACUGAGCUGGCUGAGCUAGACAGAGCUCUGGGGAUUGACAAACUUGUUCAGGGAGGUGGACUGGAUGUAUUAUCAGAGAGAUUUCCACCACAGCAGGCAACACCACCUUUGAUGAUGGAGGAAAGACCCAACCUUUAUUCUCAGCCUUACUCUUCUCCUUCUCCUACUGCCAAUCUCCCUAGCCCUUUCCAAGGGAUGGUUAGGCAGAAACCUUCACUGGGGACUAUGCCUGUUCAAGUAACACCUCCCCGAGGGGCUUUUUCACCCAGCAUGGGCAUGCAGCCCAGGCAGACUCUUAACAGACCCCCAGCUGCACCUAACCAACUUCGGCUUCAACUUCAACAGCGGUUACAGGGACAACAGCAGUUGAUACACCAGAAUCGGCAAGCAAUCUUGAACCAGUUUGCAGCAACUGCUCCUGUUGGCAUCAAUAUGAGAUCAGGCAUGCAGCAGCAAAUUACACCUCAGCCACCCCUGAAUGCUCAGAUGUUGGCCCAGCGUCAGCGGGAGUUGUACAGUCAGCAGCACCGACAGAGGCAGCUAAUACAGCAGCAAAGAGCCAUGCUCAUGAGGCAGCAAAGCUUUGGGAACAACCUCCCUCCCUCAUCUGGACUGCCAGUUCACAUGGGGAACCCCCGCCUUCCUCAGGGUGCACCGCAGCAGUUCCCUUACCCACCUAACUAUGGUACAAAUCCGGGAACCCCACCUGCCUCUACCAGCCCAUUUUCACAGCUGGCAGCAAAUCCUGAAGCAUCCUUGGCCAGCCGCAACAGCAUGGUGAACAGAGGCAUGACAGGAAACAUGGGAGGACAGUUUGGCACUGGAAUCACUCCUCAGAUGCAGCAGAAUGUCUUCCAGUAUCCGGGAUCAGGAAUGGUUCCCCAAGGGGAGGCCAACUUUGCUCCAUCUCUAAGUCCUGGGAGCUCCAUGGUGCCGAUGCCAAUCCCUCCUCCUCAGAGUUCUCUGCUCCAGCAAACUCCACCCACUUCUGGGUACCAGUCACCAGAUAUGAAGGCCUGGCAGCAAGGAGCAAUGGGAAACAACAAUGUGUUCAGUCAAGCUGUCCAGAACCAGCCUGCACCUGCGCAGCCAGGAGUGUACAACAACAUGAGCAUCACCGUGUCCAUGGCCGGUGGGAACACAAACGUUCAGAACAUGAACCCGAUGAUGGGCCAGAUGCAGAUGAGCUCUUUGCAGAUGCCAGGAAUGAACGCUGUGUGCCCCGAGCAGAUAAAUGAUUCAGCACUGAGACACACAGGCCUGUACUGCAACCAGCUCUCCUCCACUGACCUUCUCAAAACAGAAGCAGAUGGAACCCAGCAGGUGCAACAGGUUCAGGUGUUUGCUGACGUCCAGUGUACAGUGAAUCUGGUAGGCGGGGACCCUUACCUGAACCAGCCUGGUCCACUGGGAACUCAAAAACCCACGUCAGGACCACAGACCCCCCAGGCCCAGCAGAAGAGCCUCCUUCAGCAGCUACUGACUGAAUAACCACUUUUAAAGGAAUGUGAAAUUUAAAUAAUAGACAUACAGAGAUAUACAAAUAUAUUAUAUUUUUCUGAGAUUUUUGAUAUCUCAAUCUGCAGCCAUUCUUCAGGUCGUAGCAUUUGGAGCAAAAAAAAAAACAAAAACAAAAACAAAAACAAAAAAACAAACAAAAAAAAAACAAAAAAAAAAGAGUUCACUUUUGUUGGGAAAUUGAGAGAUGUUUUGUUUCUUUCUUUGUAAAGGCCUUGGAUAUUGAAAAAAUAACAAGGCAGUACAGUUGGACAAUCUACUUCUUGAGCCAAAUUUAAUUAUUCUUAUUUUUGUAAUCAGUCAUUGGCUUCUUAUCUGGAUGAAGGCUUUUGAAGGAGAACCAAAUCGACAAGUUCCAAGGAGAAGAUGAAGCUCCACCUCUCCUGCUCAGUCCAGACCCCGCCCGGGAAGAAGGGCCCUUGGGGCUUUGCCUGUGCCCGUCCACCAAAGGCUGUCACGGUUCUGGAAAUCAGCAGCCCUCCCCGUCCCAACCCCAGGCAGCUUGUGUGUACAAUCAGCUUCUGCUAGCAACUCUUUAUCUGUUGGCUUCAAGAGAAUAUUUUGCCUCUACAUAUGUACCCUUCUCCCUUUUUUAAAGAUGGAUUUAAACCAAGAUGCCUCCAGGGAAGAGGAUGAAAUAAGUAUAUUCACAAAGGAAUCCAAAAAAUACAGUUUUGGGGGAAAAUGCAAUAAUGUUUGAUGAGAUGGGUGAAGGACAUGAAGUGAGUUCUGUCAAUUAUUGUAGAUACAAUUUUCUGAUUGAAUCUGGGGGGAAAAAAGGCAGCCUGUUUUUUUCUGCUUUUAUUGUAUUAACAGCCGAGGUAGCUAACGUUAUUUAAAAUAAAAUUAAAUUUAUGAUCCAGUAGCUUAUUUUUCCCUUUAAAUGCCAUUGUAAAUAUAUUUGAUUUCUUGUAGAAAUUGAUUUCCUUCUGUUUAAUUUUAUGCUUUUAUUAUCAUACUCUUGAUUUUUCUAAAUUUGUGUGUAAAAUAUAACAUUGAUUGAAUUGCAGUUACAUCUGACUAGUAUUAUUCUAUGUCAAUAACUGUGACACCAUGUAUGGAUUUAUUUUGGGGUUCAAAUCAAAAUGCCACUGCCAGGAAGAGCUGUUCCAGCUGAGCUAGAGCAAAUCGCCCUAGAGUGACCCUGGGAUCAUCCAACCGGAAGUGCACAGGCUACUUGUACAGAGAAAAAUUAGGACUCAAAGGAAAUCUUCACCUUUUUAAGAUUGACUUUGGGAAUCUGAAUUUUCAACAGUGCAAAUAUGAAUUUCUCUAUCCUGCUCUGAGGCUAAUUGGUACCAUAUAUGUUCCCUUUGUGUCUUGUCACUCGGCCACAUCCUAUCUCAUCCUGGCCUCUGAGUCAAGGACCCAGUGAACUGACUUUCUAGAAGUUCCACUGCAAGGCCAGGAAAGCAUGAGAAAGGUAUUGUGGAAGAAGCAAAGGUAGACCCCCUUCACGCACCUUGACCUGCACCCCUGGACCUGUGAAUGAUGAUGUCUGACGCUCUGCACCAGCUACCUCUGCUGCCGUGGCAGAGGAAAGGCCAUAGGACUAACAGUGGAGGAGGAGCACGGACUCAGACUUCAAGGAAGAAGCCAUUUUCCCAGGUCCUUCUCUCUGCAUCUCACCGCCCCUCGUUACAAAUAACUCCACUGAACAGCAUCUAUUCAGAAACUAUACUGAAUAAACAGUUGGUGGAAGGGCUCACGUGGGUAACAACUCUGAAACAAAUAGGACACUCAGUUACAAACAUUAUCUCUUUUAGUUUUCCAGAAAAUGCAUCCCUGAUUUUACUCAUU